UAGGCUAUAGUAUAAUAUUCGUUAGUGCCUAGAUGCCUUUAUUCUCUGCUUUUUAAGCAUUCCCAUCAAUUUCAAAGUACCCCUUUGCACUAAUUCAUUCCUCUUCUCUCUAACAUCUCCAUUUCUAUUUCACUUCAAACUUUCAAAUGGCCGCAUCAGAAACACAAGCUGAACAACAUCUCAACUACAAGACAACUGUGUUGAAAGUCUCCAUCCACUGCGUAGGCUGCAAGAGAAAAGUACACAAAAUUCUUCAAGCCAUACAAGGUGUUCAAGACAUAAACAUUGAUUUGAGGCAACAAAAAGUAAUAGUAACUGGGAACGUGAACAGUGAUAUAUUGAUCCACAAACUUGCCAGCAAGACAGGGAAGCAUGUUGAGCUUUGGCCUGAACCAACAGAAUCCAAAAAGAAGAAGCAGCCAAAACCAGAGAAGAAUAAAGAGAAACAGAGUGAUCCAGAAAGUGAAAACAGUGAAGAAAUAGAAAUCAAACACAACAGUGAAAACAACAACAAUGGAACAGGUAAAGUUGAUACAUCCACAUCCACAUCCACAUCCAAGAACGUUGAAGUUAACGGCAACACCGCUAAAAGUGGCAACGGAAGCGGUGAUGUUAAUGUUAACGUUAACGGUAAAGUUAACAAACCCAGCGAAGGUUCCGCGACCGGGAAAACCGGUGUAGUACAUGUUCAAGAACUAAAACCAGAGGUGAGAAAGCAAACAGUGGUGUUACCGGCUAAACCGGUAGCCGAGAAAAAAGUUAGCGUAGCAGUUCAAUUUCCUAAUGAUGAUAAUGAAGAACCAUUGACGAAUGAGAAAACCGGUUCAACCGGUGGUGAUAGCACCGGAGUGAAAAAGAAGAAGAAGAAGAAAGGGAAAGGUAAAGUUGUUGACAAUAAUGUUGAACACUUCGGUGAUGCACCGGGUACCGGUGAUUCAGGUAACCGGUCACAUGGUCGAGGGUAUAGUCAAGGUCAAAGUAGUAAUUUUCUUGGGCAAGUACAUUCAGGUUCAAACCUAACCAAUGAGAAUGAAAUACCGCCACGUCAUUACAUUAACGAACAAUUUUACCCACCUCAGCAGUACUAUGGUACUCCUCGAUCUCAUGUUGUUGCUGCUCCACCGGUUGUUACCGUGAGCCAUCACACAGCGUAUCCAAGCAGCAGUAGUUACGGUGCAGCGUAUUAUGCGCCUCCACAACCGUAUCAAUACGCGCAUGUGAUGAAUACAGGAAACGAAAUGGAGCUUCAACCAAGGCCGUACACGUAUGAACUGGAAUCGUAUACUUCAUCACAACCGUCGGAUUCGUUUGUUUAUUUUAGUGAUGAAAAUCCUAAUGCGUGUAAUGUCAUGUGAUUUGUAAUCAUUUGGUUGGAGUGCUUUUUGGAAAUACAUACAACUUGUAUGGGGCAUGAGAGAAUUUUGUAAUGCUGUAGAUAAGAAGAAUCAGAGCAAAAGGCUUCAAAAGGAAGUUGGAAAAGAAAAAGACUACUACUACUUUGUUUGCUUUGAAUGGAUGGAAAGUUGGGUAGAAUAAUAGAGUUCUUCUGGGGCUUUCUGGCUUUUGUUCAGUGGUUGUCCUUGCUUCUUUGUGAUAUGUAUCAUAGUAGACAAUAUACUUGAAUUUUAAACUUAUUCACCCUCUA